UCCUGUAUUGUCCUUGCUAUUCGGGAUGCUUGGGACGUCCCAACUCUGACGUUACACCAUUAAAGUUGACAUUGUAAAUGGUUAUGAUACUUCUUUUUAUAGAUCGAUGUUAAGGUAAGGGUUAUGGUUAAAGUAGGGGUUAGGGUUUAGAAUGUGGACGUCCCAAGGAUCCCGAACAUCACUAAACCUUUCGAAUCUGUCUUUGGCUUUACUUUCACUUUACUAGAAAUCAUGUCAGUACAAUUUCUGGUAAAGGACACCGAUAAUUUGCGGUUUUUGACGUCCAACUCAUCCAACCCACAGUCAUUGCAUUAAAAACAAAUCUAAACCCAGUGACGGUUUCGUAUGGCCUGUCUGAUCUUGGCAGCGUGAUAAAGUUCGAUAUUAAACAGCAGCAGGUCAGAGCAGCUGGGAUAGCAGCAUCAGUGUGAAAGUACAAGCAAGGACAAUGAGUUUGGAAGAGCAAAUCAGGGGCCUCUCACCAGUUGCAGCAUAUGCCCUGGCAAGUGCUGAAAUUACAGAUGACAUUGAAAUUCAAGAGUUAACAAGAGGAGAUCUGAACGAACUUGUGCCAGGCGUUCAGCAUUUUAAACUUAGAAAGAAGAUCAGUGAACUUAUAAACAAAUCUAAACAGGACACAGCUAAACCUAUUGCUUUAGUUCUUAACAAGCUGAGGGAAUUCCUUCCGGUUGAUGUCAUGGAGAAUGCACUUGUUCCUGGGGGAGUGUUACAUGGCUACUUCCCUAUUCUUAGAGAUGUGGAGAAGCAGCUGGCCGAAGCCCUGCACUUCAUUCAGGCACACGUUGGUUUGCUCGAGAGCUACAUUGGAGAAGAGUCCAUGGAGGCUCAGAGCAGUGCUGCAUCUCUAUCAGUUGACUCUGCUACAGCAGGAAACCAGCCAUCAAAUGUUGAGGUCCAGAAAACAUCUGUUAAUGGCACCUCAGGACCAUCAGCCUUAUGUGCCACUGACAGCCAGCACAAACAAUGCAGAACAGAAGUGUCUGGUGCGCCGAACAGACACACUUUCAAAGAAACUCAAGAUGAGACCUCAAUGUCACACUCUUAUACUUCAGGAGCAGCUGGUGCUGACACCCAUUUUCAAAAAAGAACAGUUGCUUCUCAAAUUUUCACUGGUAGUGGGCUGACCGAGCCACGAUGCAAACUAGAGAAAUCAAACUUUGCAGACUGUUUAGGAGCAGGAGGUAGAAACCAGCUUUCUGCACAAUGCCACACAGAUUGGAGGUCCUCAUUUGGGUGCGGUUCUAGCACAUCUGAACCUCUAAAUAAGAAACAAGCAGUUAAAGUCCAUUCACAAGUCUGUGGAAAAACCCUGAACACUCACCUUGUACUCAUGAAACAAGUGGAUGAUCUGGCAGUAGGACUAAAGCGAGAGGAGACCAGACCAGAAGACUGCCAGGUCAUAAUAGCCUUCUGUCCUAUUACAUCUCGUGUGGGAACAGACAUUGAUGCUGCCAUGAGCAAAGUUCCAAGUAACAAAGAUGUCAUUCUAGUGGUGAUGAACCAUACUUUUGAUCACUGCUUUGUCACAAGCCAGAGAUCUGCAUCUCACUACAAAAACGUAGUGGAGGAAGUGAAUGUUCUCUUCCAUGACUCUUUGGGACUUCUGCAGUGUGAAACAAAUGAUAAAGCAGCGACUCUCAUACACAAGGCCUUACAGAAAUACAGCAGCACUACUUACACACGUUAAGUUUCCCCUGGUGGCAACACAAAGUAGUGUCUGAAGUUUAACACGCAAACAUGAUUUAAAAACCUCAUUCUACCAUUCAAGGCGUUGGUAAUUCAUUCUAGAUUAGAAUAAAGCAUAUCAAUCUGUGUAGUCAACCAGAUGAAUGACUGUUGAUACUCAAGCAGGACUAAAUUAGAUGUCUCGCUGUAGAAAGGGAAUCUUUGCAGUGGAUGCCCUCUUAACACUACCAAUCAUGCGGGAUGCCUCAUAUUUGUGAAUUUUAGCUUUUCCUUCUUUUGGUAUUAGAAGCACUUAGUUGUUGGAUGUACUUUUAACAAAUGCUUGUCUAUGUAACUACAGUAUCAUUAAAUUAUAUUUGUUUUGCUUA